UCGGGCUGUGCAGGCCGCGGCACCGGGAGGCGGUGCGGGAGCGGAGCUUCGAGCCGGGCUGCAGCACAGCGGGCCCGGCCGCGGCACCGGGAUAGGGGACGCCGUGCUCCGGGACACCGGCAGCCGCUCCAGGCUGUGCCUCAGAGCUGCUCUCCCAUCCCCAGGACCUGCCUGGGCAGAAUGAAGCUGUUGGCUGCAUUGCUGGCUGCCAGCCUGCUCAGCACCACUGCCUAUGGUGCCCAAGCAUCCUGGCAGCACAAACCAGCUCAGAGCUGCCUCUUGCAGCCCCUCAGCGGUGCAGACAGCAAGUUCUGCAGAGGUGACUUAGAAGUGAUUUACCCAGAGCUGGGUGAGGUUGGCUGCAAACACAUCCCCCAGUGCCAGCAGUACCAGCGCAGGAUCAGCAGGGAUUGGGGCUCCCCCCGAGUGCAGUACCCCCGGGCUGAGAAGGACAAGAAGUACCUGCUGGUGCUGGUGGACCCCGAUGCUCCCAGCAGAGCCAACCCCAGGAACCGCUUCUGGAGGCACUGGCUGGUCUCUGACAUCUCAGGUGCAGAUCUGAGGACUGGGGACAUCAAAGGGCAGGUGCUGACAGCUUACAGCAGGCCCUCGCCCCCGCCUGGCACUGGCUACCACCGCUACCAGCUGCUCCUGUACCAGCAGCCAGCACAUGAGGCCAUCGCCCUGAGCCCGGCGGAGCAGGGCAGGAGAGGUGCCUGGCCCAUGGAGAGCUUCGUGGAGAGGUUUCAGUUGGGGUCCCCAGUGGCCUCAACCCAGUUCCUCACCAAACACUACGAGGAUUAGAGCUGCCCACGGUGCCCUUCCCCUGCCCGGCUGCACCCACCUGCCUGCACCACAGCACCACCUUCACCCCAGCCAGGAGGACACCCUGGCACCCACCAGGGAUGAAGCAACCCUUGCACCAGCCCAGACUCACAGCACAAACUCCUCCACUCCCCCAAACUGGAGGGGGGGUCUCUAUCCCUCCUGGGUGUCCCAGGAAGGAUGGCAUCAGCCUCUCCUUCUCCCCUCACCCCAUUUCUGCCCUGCCCCCCAGCAUGUGCCAGCUGCACCUUAAGGAUCUGCAGCUUUGACACCUUCAGCUUUCAGAAUAAACAGGAAUGGAGCACAA